GCCAUCCUAGGAAAAACAAUUUAGAGCCCGGAUGUGUCGUUAAGAAAACGCGACCCAACCGGAUAUUCAAGUGUGUUGAAAAGAAAGUGGAAGAAACGGAAUCAGGAUGAAUUGUCGAGGACUCCGCUCUCAGCUGAAGGACAGUGUACCUGUGGCCGGCUUGUGUCCGCAGGGAGCUUAUGGAGUUCAGGACUCUCUGCGCAGCGGCUUCAGCAGUGUGAAGAAUGAGCUCCUUCCCAGCCACCCGCUGGAGCUGUCAGAAAAAAAUUUCCAGCUGAACCAGGAUAAGAUGAAUUUCUCAACCCUCAGAAACAUCCAGGGUCUUCAUGCUCCGCUCAAACUGCAGAUGGAGUACAGGGCAGCUAGACAGAUCCAGCGUCUGCCGUUCCUACAGAGUUCAAACCUGCUGCUGGAUACACUCAAAGGCAGCGACGAGUCCAUCGGCUUUGAGGACGUCCUCAAUGAUCCAGCCCAGAGUGAAAUGAUGGGCGAGCCACACAUGAUGGUGGAAUACAAACUGGGCUUGUUGUAAAGAAGAUGGACACAAAAUACACACACAUAGAUUUAGGUUAUUAUUUGUCUGCAGUCAUUUGUUUAUCGGAUCCAAAACAAAGGUGACCAACUCAGGUUCUGGAGAAUUGUAAUCAUCUUCUCAGAAGGACUGGGAAAGGACGGGUGUGUGUGGGGGGGGGGAAUGACAUUGCAAAUAACAUAGACGUGGGUUACUGAGUGUUGAGCAUUUUUAUUCAUCUGCUGGCGAGACUCAUUCAGACAGGCAUUCAUUGCUGCUUUUGUAUGAUUCCAAACCGGUUGGUAUUUCUAAUAAACUGAAACAUAACAAUCUU